ACUCUACGGGAAACGUAAGCUACAAAACCUGUUCGGACGGUGUGGCCGUGCCGCCCGCGUGCCCGCGCCCGCCGUCCGUCAUCCACGACCCUCCAGCUCCAGUCCCCUGAUCCCCCAGUCGGGAUAUUUUACCCCCCAAAGGGCCUAAAGGGGGCGCUCCAACGCCCAUUUAUCAUUGGGGCGCGCGCCGCACGGCACCGCCAAAUUCCGACUACCCCUCGAUCCCAUUGUCAAGCGUCGCCGCCAAACACUCUUUUGAUUCCCCAACGACUCCCUCGAAAAGGAAGCUUUCGAGGGAAUCGGAGGGCUCGCCGAAUCAUGAGCAGCCCUACCGUCGGGUCCCUUCUGGCUGCCAUUGCGACACUUGUCAGUGAUGGCCUGCGUAUCUUACAGUUCGCCGAUAAGCGCCAAUGGGGACCUGACGAGCACGAGCAAUUGCGCCUGCUGGAGGAUACCCUCAACGACGCCAAGAAGGACUUCCAGGAGCUUUCUGUCCUUGUCAACGGACAGCGCUAUUACAUGAACGACCGCAAACCUCCGUCGAUCGCCGAACUGCGAGCUUUACAGUCCAAGGUCGAGCAUCAUAUCGAGAACUUCAAAGAUUGGACAAAGACAGGCGGACCGAUCAACCCAGUAUGGGCACGAGAGACGACGCAACUGCGCCGCGAACUACACCGCGCACAAUGCCGAGCAGCUAGGAGGAUAUUUGCGGCAGAGCAAGAGGCGUCAGCAAGAUGCCUGGGUGCCUUUCUCGUUCACAGAAAACAGCGUGAAUGGCAGAAUCGGCCUGCUACUUCAGAGGAGGAGCACCAUAGACGACACGUGGAAGAGGUGGUAGCAUGCAACACAAGUGGCAAGUUUGAGCGAUUUGGCGACGGAGGCAUUGCCUUCGUUUGCGACUUUUGCGACGGUCAUCUCGUAUGGGAAGACCUGGAGAGCAUGCCAUCAUUACGCACAGCCGAGGAAUCCAGCACGCGCCCGGUACCGCCCAUUUCGCCAACGACCGGGAUGCCGCACUGGCAGGCGACUGGGUUUACCGCCGACAAACGAAGAGAGGAGAAGACGGUAAUAUUUGCGCCUCUGGCGAUAGCGAAUCAUAUGGCGCCGUAUACCGAGGCAGGCGGUGACAGCGACGAUGAGAUGCGGAAUGCCCAGGAUGAAUCCGGCUUCGAAGAUCUCCAGGCCUUCCAAGAGCACCUAGAGUGGCAACACACAGCGGCGUCAAUACCCGCUGUCCCCUUGCCCAAGGCAGCCAAGGACUGCUUGGUGAUGUGACAUUAUUAAUUCGACAACGAUGUCUAUUGGUGGCGUAGAAACGGCGAUUCGUUCGUGUACAUAUAUUCAAAGUGUGUGGUCCUGACAUAGGCGAGGCGU